GACUGUAAGUUCUGACCAACAUGGUAGUGAUGGUGUGUGUGUGUGUGUGCGCGUGCGUGCGUGCGUGUGUGCGUACGCAGACUCACCAUUUCCAAACACAUGCUUAGUGAUUGAGUCUCUACCAGGAUAUAAGCAUGGAGACCAUGUUGCUUAGUGCCAUAAUACUCCUGUUGUUGCGUUGUGACCACAGGAGGCAAUCAGAAUAGUUACGAAGGAUGUCAGUAUUCAUUAAUUUAGUACUAUUCAGGAAUAUUAGCAAAGGGAAAAGAUGCAGUAGAAAUCUGAGGAGAGAUGGAAGAUAGGAGAGAAACGUGGUGUUAGAAGAAUGAUCUUUGAUCUUUCAGAGGAGAGGAAUACAUAUGAAGAAAGUAAGAGCUUAUCUAUGUGGAAGAAUUUACAUGCAAAGCAAAUCAAGAACAUAUAUCUUACUUAUCUUUGCAGAUUUGAGUCUUGGUCUGGGAUAGCCAGGAAAAGCCAGGCUUCUACACUAGGGGAUUUACAUGUUUGUGUUAACUCAAUUAGCAUUAACAGAGGCUACCAGUAGUGCUGGCUGUUCGGGCUCAAACUUUCAUGCAUAUGUAUUUUUAAAGAAAACCAAAAGAUUUUAGGGAUCAUUAAUAGAGAAAAAAGAUUUAUCAAAUGUUGUGGGCUUGUAUUAACAUUUGUGUUCUGAAGUCUACACCAGGAAUAAAGGCUUUUUUAUAUAGGAGAGAGCAAAAUUGUAUCUUAUAGCCAUGAAUGCAUUUUCCAGAUUUAUAGUAGGAAGUCAUGGACUUUUCUUUCACGUACAGAAGGGGCAGAUUUGUAGCUAAAUGGUAGUUUUCAGAGUAUUUAGAUUUAUGGGCAAAUUAUAAGAAGCAAUGUACAUUUUUUAAAAGUUUUUGAAAAAUAAAUAUUGGUUAGGAAAACUAGACUCUUACUAUUUGGUGAUGGUUCUGACUCAGAUCCUCACAGACAUUGCGGUACCUAAAGUGUUGCAAAAGCAGACAUUUAUAUGGAGAUGGACUACUGAUGUAAAAAACAAAACAAAACACAAAAAACUGAGGGCUGGGAAGGAUAUGGAAUGAGUACAGUAUUUUAAAAAUGAACUCUUUGUCUCCCACCCUCCCUCAUGCCCAGAUCUCAGAGAGGUUUUGUCCAGUGAGAAUAAAGAACCCAUGGGAAUUACCCAGGAAUAGCUGGCUAGUCAAAGAAAUAGUUUUACUUCAGUGAGCAUGGGUGGGACCCGAAGUCUACAGUAGUCGGUGAUGCUUUUUUAGCCUCUUCUUGGCAGGUGAGCAUUUGCAUAGGGGAAAUGCUGACUCAUUGGGGGAAUCUCAGGCGAAUUCAAAUUCCCAAAGUGAUGCCCCUCUGUCUUCUCUCGGGGAUUUUAUCUGAUAUUAGAAGCAGCAGUUCCAUUCCAUGAAUUUGUUAUCACUCACUGGCCUGAUGCGCAUAGCCAGUUGUCUUUCCCCAGUGUUAAAUUUGCUCCUAAUACUCACUCCUACCCUCAAGCACUUGGAUUACCUGAUAAAAUCUCACUACUUAUUCGAAGAGGUGCCAUCACCUCCUCUAGAAGUAAUCUUUCUCAUUUCUGAACUUCCAUAGCAUUUAUUGAACUCUUAUGACACUUACUAUAUUUUCCUUGUUUUUAAAUUACUGUUUUAACUUUGAAAAGUUUCACUCAUAUACAAAAUAAACAGAAUAGUAGAAAAACCCACAUAUACCCAUCAUGUUUUUUUUUUGUUGUGUGCCAUCAAGUGGAUUCUGAUUCAUAGUGAUGCUGUAGGACAGAGUAGAACUGCCCCAUAGGGUUUCCUAGGCCUUUGGCCUUUUUCCCACUGAGACGCUGGGUGCGUUUGAACCUCCAACAUUUUUUAACAGCCAGGCUCUUAACCAUCGUGCCACCUGGGCUGUUUAUAUCAAUCAUACAGCUUCAGUAAUUAUUAACAUUCUCUCAUUCUUGUAUCAUCUAUACGUCCCCCUCUCCAUCCCCACUUGAUUUUGAAUAGUAGAUUGUGAGCUCCUUAAAGUCAGGGGCUAUACUAAUACGCAUCAUAAUUUUUAAAACUUUUUUUUUUGUGAUUUAAAAUAUCAUAUACUCAUUGUGGAGAUAUCCAGUGUUCAUUUUUUGGUUACUGUGCAGAUUCUAGCCUUUCUUAAAUGAAAUUUGUAUAUUACUUUUUUGACCUAACGUUUUACCAUGAGCAUUUCCAAUGUCCUUGAAUAUUUUUGGAAGCAUAAUCCUUAAAGGCAGCAUAAUAUUCCAUAUUAUGGAUCCACUAUAAUUUAUUUAAACAGCUUCCUAUUUUUGACCACUUUCUUGAACAUCCUUGGACAUGUCUACAUUUGCAAGGAUAGUCUUAGGAUAGUUUCCCAGGGAAUUAGUAGGUGAAAUCUCUUCCAAUAUCUUGCCGAAUUGCUAUCCAGGAAGGCUAUACCAAUUUGCAUUUUUUUGUCUUACUAGCUUGGUAGUUGGAAAAUGAAAUCUCAUUAUGUUCUUUUUAAAAUUUAUACCUUCUGGGUUAUUAGUGAAAUUGAACAUGUUUCAUCUUCAUGAUUCUUAUUUCAAGGGCUAAGGAAGGUGUUACUUGGAAUUGCAGUGAAUGGUACAUGCUGUGUAAAAACAACCAACCAACCAAACCCAUUGCCAUCGAGUCAAUUCCGACUCAUAGUGACCCUAUAGGACAGAGUAGAACUGCCCCAUAGAGUUUCCAAGGAGCACCUGGUGGAUUCAAACUGCUGACCUUUUGUUUAGCAGCCAUAGCUCUUAACCACUACACCACCAGGGUUUCCACAUGCUGUGUAGUUUAACUCCAAAUCUAGUGCUUUGCAGAGAUGAUCAGUUUUCUUUAGCAUUUCAGAAAUCACCUUUUGCCAUCUUUGGAACCAGAAUGUCUUCCUACGUGCGGAAUUACGUUAGGUUAGAGUUAGUCUUAUUUUACUUUUUGAGUACUAUCUUUCAAAAUUGUCACUUUGUAUAAUUUUCUGCUUUUACAUCAUAUAACUUUAUUGAGAAAUGUAAUUCUAUGAGGAAUUAUUUAGUUUAGGUCAUCAUUCUUUGUCCAAGAAAUGUACUCAGGUCUAAAUCCAUUUUUAAGUUUUGAAAACAAAAAUCCUUUAUUUAGAUAAAAGGUUUUUGAUCACUCAGCAUAUUUAACUGAAUUUAUCAUAUAUUUAAAGCUACUUCUGGAAAGAGUUUAGAACUCUAUUCUUAGAGUACUUGGUGCAGUUUGUAUAUGUAGUAAAAUCAAAGUCACCAUUAUUUUCAAGUCAGUUUUUUAAUGCUAAGGUUUCUCUUUUGCUUUGUGAAAUUUCCGAAACUCAGCUUAGGAAUUGAGUCAAAAUAUUUACAUUAUUAAACUAUUGUAAGUAAAUACAGCUUCUGAAAAAGCAGAGAAUGCUUUUUACUACUGAAAUGACUUCAUUACCUAAUUCUAGACUGUAAAUCCAAAAGUAAAAGUUGCAUUUCAUUCCUUUUUCUGGCCCUUCAUUGCUUCCAGUCAUACUUUGCUGAACUAUAUUCAAGUAUGUUGAAAAAUAAUUUACUGCACUGUGUUAAAAAAUAAUAUUAAAAGUAUAUGGGUUAUGUGGAGGAAACACUCAAAACAUAUCUACCCAGACAUCAACAGGAUAUUAUUACCCCAAAGAAAUGACGACAGUUUGCCAGUUUGAUGCGUAGAGGAAGGAAAUUUACAAACAUCUCCAAGAGAGGCCUGUUGAGCAGUUGAAGGAAAUGAGGCACGUCCUGCUUUUAUUGUGAUUAUUGGAGUGGGAUUCCCAGAAGACUGAACAAGGCUGUCCGGGUCCCUCUGUUUGGCAAAGAUCUUGUUGACUCAUAUUUUAUUUUUAUUUCGGUAAAGGUCUGCUAUUGUUCGUAUUUCUAAUGUAGCUCAUAAAUUCACAGCCAAUAUUGUUUCCCCUUCUGUUGACUGUGUAGUGUAUACAAAUAAAUGAAACUCGACCAUCAUCAUUGACUGGUGUUCUGUUUCCGUGAAGCAUAGGAGAGUAACAAGGCAGGUUCCUUAAAAGAAACGCUUUUUAAGUGGAGAUCUGUGUUCACAAACUUUGAAAGUUUCUGAAGUUUUGUAUUAGAGUUUUAUCAUCAAAUGCAUCGGGUGGUGGGGGGGAGUUAUUACUUCCUAUUCAUAUGGAAGAUGAAAGCAGAGGUAACUAUUUAUGUAACUUGUAUUUUGAAAGUCUAGGCUCCAUUAAAAGUUUGAUUUAUCUACUUCUGAAUCCUCUGCUCAGAAGCUGAAUCACUAGAUAUUUUUGACUACGGGUGGAGGCCUGAUAGAAAAGCUUCCAGAUUGAAAUGCCUGGUGUAGAAUCUUGAAUUCAUGUAAUACUUUAAUGUAUUAAAAAAUUUUUCUAUCAAGUUGCUCCCGUGUAUAUGAUAAAGUAAUGUGGAAUAUUAUAAACAUUUCUGCUUUCUUUAAGCGCUGACUUUGUUGUAUCUAUCAAAAUGCCUAAGAGUAUCGUAACUCUCUUUACAGAGAAACCUCGGAAUGGGAUUCUGCUAUGACUCAGUCUGUUUGAGGGGCAGGCUGAGGGCUGUAACUGGAGUUGAGGUUAUGAAUUUGUACCCUCAACCUUGAGUCAGAAGAUGUGGUUACUGUCAGUUUUACUCACUGAGUGACAUUGCAGAGAACAUCGGGGAAGACUUGGCCUUUGUUUCAUAGCAAUUUAAGGGAGACAGACAUGAAAGAGACAAAUAGUGUGAGAAAGUGGAAAGCUAGUGUUGGUUAAAAAGCGCUGGUGGUGCUUUCAGUUUACUUAAUUAUUCCUUAGGAUUAUUGUUUUAGAAUUUUAGGAUUAUUGCUUUAGAUAUUUUCCCCAGUCAUUCUGAACUAUGAAGAAUUCCAAAGAAAGUUAUCAUUUCAACCUUUUAAAGGUAUGUUUCAGAGUGAAGAUAGUCCUGAUUACCAAAGGAAUUUCCCUGGCUGGUGUCCUAAUAUUUUAAGUUCCUGUGACUUUUUUCUUCCCUUUCCUCUUAUUUUUGGCUCAGACCCCCAGUGAUGUCUGGUUUUAUGAAAUUUGUGUGAGAAACAAAUUUGGAGGAUGUUUAAGGGUUUAAAGAUUUUGAGGAAUGAUGUGAACUGCUAGGUCAUCCUCUGUUCCUCUCGUGCAAAGGGAUUGAGGAUUUGGAGGAACCAUUUUGGACACCUCAUUACUCAGCUCUUCAAAAAGAACUCAAUUUUGUUUACAAUUCUGGGGGUGCCUUCUACAUGGCUCUAAUGUCAGAGGACAUCAGAUAUUUUCUGAGUAUCAUGUUCUAUAUAGUGAAUUAAGGCUGAGAAAAUGGUUAGUGGUACCAAUAUCUGAACUGGAUGAAUGUGUGUGUGUUUGUGUGUGUGUGUGUGUGUGUGUGUGUAUUUUUGUUGCUGCUCCAAUUACUUUUAGGUAACUAUGGUUUUAGCAGAGAAGAGAAUAACUUAGAUAGUAUCAAAGCUUUAUAUAUCAUAGGCUCCCACCAAUAUAAUGUAAAAACCUGCCCUGUGUCUAACAUUGCUUCAGGAAGUCUUUAGGAAAUAUAUUUUGGGGAUAGUAAGAUUGUGAGUAAAAUUGUAAUGUUCCUUGAGUACUUAUAGAAAUAAGACCCACACAGAUACACUUUAAUUCUAAUUAAUCUUUUGGUGUGACUUAGUCAAGGAUCUGCAAUGAAUUGCACUCAGAAAUGGAGUAUUUUUCCUGUUUAAAAUAUAUAAAGAUUUAAUAAUAUUUGAGUCUUCCUAUGAUUUUUGAGAGAUUUACUCUAAUGUUUACUUCAGAUCAUCUAACAGUUAAUCAAAAUACAAUUUAAAUUUUGUUUGGAUUUUUUUAAAAGUCAGUACAUAAGUUAAAAAGGAAACAAAUUUCUUACCGGGAUUGUGAAAUGAGGACUUGUGUGCCUAGCAUGUAUUGCAAUUUUGUUAUUUGCAUUUUGUUAUUAAGUAUUUCCAGGAAUAAAAGGGUGUGCACAGCAACACUAUUUAUGGUACAGAUUUCUGGCAUUUAAAAAUGAGAGAGUAAGUAUAAGCUGGGAAGGGUGGGCUUGCCAUUGUGAAAUCUGUUUUUAAAUCCCAGCACUACCGUUUGCUAACCGUAACCUUGGGCACACAGUUAUUUAGUUUUUUUGUGCAGUGAGGCUAGUACAAGUGCCUACUUCAUUAGGCUGUGAGAAUUAAGUGAGUUGAUACAUCUAAAGCACUUAGAACUGUGUUUGGCUCACAGUAACUGCUCAACACAUCCUUUCUAGCUAUUAGCAUCAUCAAAUUUAGAAAGGAAGGAUACAAUGAGGCAGUUUCUCGGUUGUCAUUAGAAAUAAUAAUUCAGUUUGAAAAUUCAGCAAACUAUUAUUAGCAUUCAGCAACCCUUCCCAGAAGUGGUGGCAAUAGAAUUGUUGUAACAUUGGAAGAUUCAGGAAUGGCAGUCUGGUUGGAAGAGAGGGGAUGGGAUGGCUCAGAGACUUAGUUUGCUUAGCAAGUCCCUGACUUUACCUAGACUCUACUAUAAAUCAAUUUAAAAGAGCAAAGUUUUCUAAAGAUGCUUCUAGUUUCACUUUACAUAAGAAUGAGAAAAUGUCAGUUGCACAUAUCAAAUAGUAAGAGGUCCCAGAGGCAUUUUGUUGGUGGUGGAAUGGUAGAAGAUUUUGGGGUGUACUGUGUGUGUUUGAAGUAAAGUCUCCCAGCCACCGAUUCUUUCCGCCACUGGUCCUCUAGUCAGGAGGCUUCUACCCCGGGCCACCUCUGCUCCUGACCUUGCUCCUGUAUCAGCUUGUGGGUAGAAGUUUAUAGGUUCUGUGUUCACCUCAGUAUUUCCUCCUAGUUUUAGUCAUUUCCACGUUACUUCCUUCCUCUUACUGGAGUGAGUGAUCAGUAGGUUAUUUCAGCCUAGAUAUAUUUUAGGGGAAUGGAGAAGUUCAGGGAAACUCACCAACAUGAAUACUUGAGCCCAUUCACUUCCUUGAUCGAUUACCCCCAACACACACAGUACAACCAGAAUCUUCUCUCCUAUUCCCCAUCCACCAGUAUUUCUUCCUAGGUUGGGCUUCAGUGGUUGCCUUUGUGGCUGCUACCGUUGCUGUUGCUUUACAGGUGCAAAGAUACUCACUUCUUUGCCUACACUUGGGUGGUUGCGUGUUAAUUUGCAACUAAGCUGCAUAAAAACAUGUGACUGGUAAGGAAAAAAGAAAAGAUAAUUAGAAUAGUUUUGCUGGCAUGGAUGAGUGUAUGCUUGACUGUGGAAAUGUCUGUUGUGUAUGUGUGUGUUUGCCUGUGUCCAGGCAUUUUUAAUGUGUGCAUUAUCAUAGCUGAUGUUUUUCCAUAGGACAUUUGGCUUCCUCUUGGAGAAAGAGAAAGCGGUUUCAGAAUCUGGAAGCUGAGCAGAAGAUUCCUGAAUAUCUUUUUAUCAAAACUUGGUUUCUUCCUGGGAAUUAGGAGGUUGCAGCCAUAGCUCCUCUUGGUUUGCUGGAGUUAUACUUAAUAGAAAGUAGCCUGAUUCUCUCUGCAAAUAGAGGAAGUGCAGUUUUAUAACAGAAUCACAUGGGUGGAGGAUCAUUGAACCAGAGAGGAAACUUCUGUUUGAUUUCUACUGCAAGUGGUCAGUAUUUCUAGAUCUGAAACAAUGAUAAAAACAUGAUCUGGUCUUUAAGUAAAACUGAUAGGUGAGAUUUUAUCCUCAGAAUUUGAAAUCUUUAAAGCUGGAAGAACAAGCUUUCCAGCUUCUUGCUCACUCCUUCAUCAUACAGGUUUCAACUGAAACCUGCAGUGUUGAUGAGGAAGAAAGGAAAAAUGCUGAUGCAAAAAGGAAAAGAUGUAGAAGACAGAAGUAGCUCAGGGUCCUGGGGGAAUGGAGGACAUCCAAGCCCGUCCAGGAACUAUGGAGAUGGGACUCCUUAUGAUCACAUGACCAGCAGGGACCUUGGGUCACACGACAAUCUCUCUCCACCUUUUGUCAAUUCCAGAAUACAAAGUAAAACAGAAAGGAGCUCAUACUCAUCUUAUGGGAGAGAAUCAAACUUACAGGGUUGCCACCAGCAGAGUCUCCUUGGAGGUGACAUGGAUAUGGGCAACCCAGGAACCCUUUCGCCCACCAAGCCUGGUUCCCAGUACUAUCAGUAUUCUAGCAAUAACCCCCGAAGGAGGCCUCUUCACAGUAGUGCCAUGGAGGUACAGACAAAGAAAGUUCGAAAAGUUCCUCCAGGUUUGCCCUCUUCAGUUUAUGCCCCAUCAGCAAGCACUGCCGACUACAAUAGGGACUCGCCAGGUUAUCCUUCCUCAAAACCAGCAGCCAGCACUUUCCCUAGCUCCUUCUUCAUGCAAGAUGGCCAUCACAGCAGUGACCCUUGGAGCUCCUCCAGUGGGAUGAAUCAGCCUGGCUACGGAGGAAUGUUGGGCAAUUCUUCUCAUAUUCCACAGUCUAGCAGCUACUGCAGCCUGCAUCCACACGAACGUUUGACCUAUCCAUCACACUCCUCAGCUGACAUCAAUUCCAGUCUUCCUCCGAUGUCAACUUUUCAUCGUAGUGGUACAAACCAUUACAGCACCUCUUCCUGUACGCCUCCUGCCAACGGAACAGACAGUAUAAUGGCAAAUAGAGGAAGCGGAGCAGCAGGCAGCUCCCAGACUGGAGAUGCUCUGGGGAAAGCACUUGCUUCGAUCUAUUCUCCAGAUCACACUAACAACAGCUUUUCAUCAAACCCGUCAACUCCUGUUGGCUCUCCUCCUUCUCUCUCAGCAGGCACAGCUGUUUGGUCUAGAAAUGGAGGACAGGCCUCAUCAUCUCCUAAUUAUGAAGGGCCCUUACACUCUUUGCAAAGCCGAAUUGAAGAUCGUUUAGAAAGACUGGAUGAUGCUAUCCAUGUUCUCCGGAAUCAUGCAGUGGGCCCGUCCACAGCUAUGCCUGGUGGUCAUGGGGACAUGCAUGGAAUCAUUGGACCUUCUCAUAAUGGAGCAAUGGGUGGUCUGGGCUCAGGGUAUGGAACCGGUCUUCUAUCAGCCAACAGACAUUCACUCAUGGUUGGGGCCCAUCGUGAAGAUGGCGUGGCCCUGAGAGGCAGCCAUUCUCUUGUGCCAAACCAGGUUCCAGUUCCACAACUUCCUGUCCAGUCUGCAACUUCCCCUGACUUGAACCCACCCCAGGAUCCUUACAGAGGCAUGCCACCAGGACUCCAGGGGCAGAGUGUCUCCUCCGGCAGCUCUGAGAUCAAAUCCGAUGACGAGGGCGAUGAGAACCUGCAAGACACGAAAUCUUCCGAGGACAAGAAAUUAGAUGACGACAAGAAGGAUAUCAAAUCAAUUACUAGGUCAAGAUCUAGCAAUAAUGAUGACGAAGACCUCACGCCAGAGCAGAAGGCGGAGCGUGAGAAGGAGCGGAGGAUGGCCAACAAUGCCCGCGAGCGCCUGCGGGUCCGUGACAUCAACGAGGCUUUCAAGGAGCUUGGCCGCAUGGUGCAGCUCCACCUCAAGAGUGACAAGCCCCAGACCAAGCUCCUGAUCCUCCACCAGGCCGUGGCUGUCAUCCUCAGCCUGGAGCAGCAAGUCCGAGAAAGGAAUCUGAAUCCUAAAGCUGCGUGUCUGAAAAGAAGGGAGGAAGAGAAGGUGUCCUCGGAGCCACCCCCGCUCUCCUUGGCGGGCCCUCACCCUGGGAUGGGAGAUGCAGCAAAUCACAUGGGACAGAUGUAAAAGGGUCCAAGUUGCCACAUUGCUUCAUUAAAACAAGAGACCACUUCCUUAACAGCUGUACUAUCUUAAACCCACAUAAACACUUCUCCUUGACCCCCUUUUUUGUAAUAUAAGACAAGUCUGAGUAGUUAUGAAUCACAGACGCAAGAGGUUUCAGCAUUCCCAGUUAUCAGAAAACAGACAAACAGAAAGAAAGAACGAAAAAAGUGCAACUUGAGGGACGACUCUCUAACAUAUCAUUCAGAAUGUGCAAAGCAGUAUGUGCAGGCUGAGACCCAGCCCAGAGACUGGAUGGCAAUCUCUCCACACUGUGGAACAAUGCAUUUGUGCCUAAACUUCUUUUCGAAAAAAAAAAAUAUAAUUAAUUUGUAAGUCUGAAAAAAAAAUAUUUAAUUUAAAAAAUUGUAAACUUGCAAUAAUGAAAAAGUGUACUUCUGAAGAAAACUACAUGAACGUUUUUGUUGGUAUUCAAGUCAGCUAGUGUUUAUAUAAUUACUGGAUAUCACAUAGGGGAAGCUCGGCUGCCCUAGUAACAAAACCAGCAAACGUCCUGAUGACAACGAAGUGAUGACAUUAGCCAUUCCUUAGGGUAGGAAGAACAGAUGGAUCUUAUAGACCUAUGACAAAUAUAUAUAUAAAUAUAUAUAUAAAUAUAUAUUAAAAAUUUAGUGACUAUGGUAAGCUUCUGUUCAUUUGUUUCAAACUUUUUUCUCCUGUAAAAAAAUAGUACUGAUUAACUUUUUUA